ACAUGCUGACCCAUACUGCUGAUUUCCAUGGUGUUUCGAUUCUUUAAAAAAAAUAAAAAAAGUACCGCUCCAAACGUGCUUUCUUAUGCUCUCAAGUAUACUUUGAGAUAAGCUUCGAUGGAUGUCAGUCUGUCUUGAGUCCAUGACUUAAAGCUUAUUUAGUUCGCCUGCUUUGGUCAGAUGAUCAAGGACUUUUUACGUGUGCAAACGUUCAGACUAGAGCUGUAUCAAGGCAUCGGAGCACGUGGAUAGCAAAGCAAACAAACAGGUCAAAGCAUAUGUAUAUUAAACUCUGAUAGAAAUGAACAGUGAAAAUUUUUCCUUGAGUGAAAAGAUUGUUUCAUCCUCCUAUGUGCGUCAAGGCUGUCAAGCACGUCGCGGUCACGAGCAACUAAUACGAGUUCUACUAGAGCAAGGGAAAUGUCCCGAGGUGGGAUGGAGCGAGAGUACCAUAGAGCUGUUCCUGAACGAGUUGGCCAUUAUGGACAGCAACAACUUUCCAGGCAACUGCGGAGUAGGGGAGAGAGAAGGAAGGGUAGCCUCUAGUCUUGUGGCUAGACGACAUUACAGAUUGAUUCAUGGCAUUGGUCGGUCAGGUGACAUUGCCGCAAUACAACCAAAGGCUGCGGGUUCGAGUCUCCUCAAUAAACUUACUAAUUCAGUUGUACUAGACAUUCUUAAACUCGCAGGUGUGCGGAGCGUGUCCUCGUGUUUCGUUGUUCCCAUGGCAACAGGGAUGAGUUUGACAUUGUGCUUCCUAACUCUCAGACACCGGAGACCUGGAGCACGCUACAUCGUCUGGCCUCGCAUUGACCAGAAGUCCUGCUUUAAGUCCAUGGUCACCGCUGGUUUUGAACCAGUGGUGAUAGAGAAUGUUCUGGAAGGAGAUGAACUGAGGACUGAUCUGGAGGCUGUGGAGAAGAAGAUUGAGGAACUUGGUGCAGAGAACAUCCUGUGCGUCCAUUCAACAACUUCCUGUUUUGCUCCCCGCGUUCCCGACAGGUUGGAAGAGCUUUCUGUAAUUUGUGCCAAACACAACAUUCCUCAUGUAGUGAACAAUGCUUACGGAGUGCAGUCAUCCAAGUGUAUGCAUCUGAUUCAGCAGGGAGCCCGUGUAGGUAGAAUUGAUGCUUUUGUUCAAAGUCUGGACAAAAAUUUUAUGGUUCCUGUGGGCGGGGCUAUCAUUGCUGGUUUUGAUGAGACCUUCGUUAAGGAGAUCAGUAAAAUGUAUCCCGGUCGGGCGUCAGCCUCACCCUCCCUGGAUGUCCUCAUCACCCUGCUGACCCUGGGGGCCAGUGGCUACAGGAAACUCCUUGCCGAGCGAAAGGAGCUGUACAGCCACCUGGCAGAGGAGGUAAAGACUCUGGCAAAGGCCCACGGAGAGAGGCUGCUGCAUACCCCGCAUAACCCCAUAUCUCUAGCCAUGUCGCUGGAUGGUCUCCAGACUGCGAGCGACGGAGCCGUGACCCAGCUGGGUUCCAUGCUCUUCACAAGGCAGGUGUCAGGGGCCAGAGUGAUCCCUAUGGGAGUGGAGCAGACAGUGAGCGGGCACACUUUCCGUGGCUUCAUGUCGCACUAUGACUCAUACCCGUGCCCUUACCUGAAUGUUGCGUCUGCCAUUGGCAUCACCCGUGAUGACGUGUCACUGUGCAUGAAAAGGCUGGACAAGUGUCUGAAAAGUCUGAAGAAAGUUAAUAAUCAUGAGAAGAGUGUAUCUACAUCGCCCCCCACUGGCCGGAAGGACUUAACGGCAGCCUAAAGUGGAUUAAUUAGAGGCUUCUUAGUUACAUCUCAGUCUCAUCUCAGAUGUCUCAGAAGUAUACUGUUCUAGAAAUAAAUAAAUAAAUAAGAAAUCCCUAUGACAAGUCCAGGAAAUGGUGAACUAAUUUCAGAUAAAUCUCAUUUCUAAAUCUCGUUUCUUAAUGUGUCAUAUAAUUUGCUAUUAUGUAACAAAUAAGACUUUGAAAGCAUCAUAAUGUUGCAAUUUGUUCAGUAGAGACAUCUUUGUUUAACAUCAUCUUUGUUAGACAUCUUUGUUAAAGUGAAUUGCAGCAUAGGCAUCAAGUAAGCAAAACUGAAAUGGACAAAACAACAUAAUUUGCUCAUGUCAUUAACCUGAAAUUGAUUCUGAAUUCAGUCUGAAGCAAGCACUACUGCCUUUUUGUUUGGAAAGAGUGAAAUGUUUGUGUUGUGAUUCAUCUUAUUUUGAAUAUAGGCUGAAUAUUUGUAAAUAGUAUACAGAG